AUCGUCAAAAACUUAAACAGAUCAUUAACGGUUUCAUACAUUAGUUUUGACUAUAAAGACAUAAAAGUAAAGAGUUUUGACAAUAUUUUUGAAAGUUUAGGCCAUCCACGAUGAUGUCGUCCCAGCGCACGGAGCAAGCCGUGCAAGAAUUCCUCACGGAGAGAGGAGGGAGGGUCCAACAGAUGGAGCUGAUCGAUCAUUUCCUAUCAGCGUUGGGGGGUGAUGACCAGUCAAAAGAAAGGGUGGAUCGUGAGGUGCUGGAACACACCGUGGACAUUGUGGGUUUUGUAAAGGUGGAAAACGGUGUUAAAUUUGUGUGUUUAAAUACGGAAGGCGGCGCAGAGACCGUGAUGCGUACGGACGCAGAUGGCCACAGUAAUUUGGAGUGCAACGGUAAUAUCCAGGAGACACUGGACAACAACUGUGUCAACGGCAACCCUGACAACGGAGACCAAACAGGAGUAUCCAGCCCUCUGUCUGCCAGCUUGGACAAUGACAAACAGUCAAAUGGCAAGGAGCAACCUGCAGCCCCCUCCCAGACCAACACAGGGACUCCUACAUCUGUUGGAGAAGGGGAGGUGAACCUGAGGGAUAGGAGGAGGCGCGAGUCAGCCCCAGUUAUUGGGAUACCAGAUCUGGACCAGGCUCACCCAGGAGGGUCUCACAGCCAACAGGUGAGAGGGGCACGCAGAGUGUCCAAGGGGUCCCAGCGGGCCAUUCUGACCAGCUGCCUAUCUGAAGACAGUGCCUUGGAGGCCCUGGACCCUUCUGGAGAUAUCAACACGCCCAAGGGAAGUCGUAGGAACUUCAUAGAGCUGAUGAUGAAUAGGUCUCCACAGGUUCGUAGGUCUCUAAUCAGUCGUGGCUCACGCCUCUGGGACUCGGUGAAGGGCGAUGGUGAUUCAGCAUCGCUCCUCUCCUCAGCCACUGAUGAGGACUGUGCUUCAGUGACCCUGGACCCACUGGAGCAUGAGUGGAUGCUGUGCGCCUCAGAUGGCCUGUGGGAACGCCUGCAGUCCCUGCUAGCUGUCGAGCCUAGCCUAGUGACCAAAAGAGACUUUGUGACUGGCUUUACCUGCCUCCACUGGGCAGCUAAGCAGGGCAAAGCUGAGCUGCUCUCCCAGCUGUUGGCCUUCGCCAAGGAGAACACAAUUCCUGUGAAUGUAAAUGUGAGAUCAAGUGCUGGAUACACACCACUACACCUGGCAGCUAUGCAUGGACACACGCAGGUGGUUCGUGUGUUGCUGUCAGACUGGGAGGCGGACCCCGAGGCUCGUGACUACAGCGGAAAGCGAGCGAUCCAGUACCUCCCUCCACCGCUGGCUGCCCACCUGCGGGAGGAGGGAGUGGUCACCUCGCCAGGAGCUGAGUCAGACAGCGAAAGUACAAAUGCCAGCGGUGGUGGAGGACGUGGCUGGAGGUUUCCCAGAGUCCUCCAGGGCAAUCUCAACCCACUGCGGCUGCUGAAUCCACCAGCUGAGGUGGCAGAGGAGGCGGUCGGGAAUGGGAAGACUAAGGGGGGCGUGCAAAGGAAGUCAUCUCUGAGCCGGCUGAAUGCUCGGCUACACCGAGGACGCCACCGAGCCCAGAUCAUCCACAGCGCCUCCUUCAGGGACACAGGGGAAGUGGGAAGAGGAGAGGAGCUCGGCAGCAGUCCUCUCCGAGCCCGACCGCUGUCCAACCUGUUCGGAUGAACUGACCCCAUUUUGAACCAGCAAUACAAAGAUGUAAACCUGUCUGAUGUUUUGAUUUACAGGAUAAUUUCCUCACCUUUACAAGCUGACAAGUAAGACAUUUUUAUGAAGGAAAUUAAUUGUACAAAUCUGAUAUGCAGUGUGAAGCUGAUUUUAAAGUUGUAUUAUUAUAGGAUUUUAAAUUAACAACAACAGCAUGUUUUCUAAAAAAUAUAACUUAUUUUUGUUCCCACUGAGGUUAUUAGUCUUAUGUUGAUCACGAACUGUUCAUGUAGCUUUUUAUUUGUCACAACAGUUCGACUGAAAACUGAACUACACUGUGAAAUGUUCUGAACUUGAUUUUUGUGUUUUUGUAUUUUUUUUUAGGUUCUGCUUUAGAGCAUGUAGCCAUUAUAACACCAGGUUUAUUAGUUUAAUACCUUAUUAGAGCAAACUUCACACAAAUGCAAAAGCACCAGGCAGGGCAUUAUCAUGUUUUCAUUGUACUCACGGUGACAAAGGGUUUGAUGAUAGCACUUGGUCUGAUUCAACACAGUUGUUGUUUGCACUUUUCUAGAACUCAUUUUCUAUUUUUUCAGUCUCCUUUUAUUAGAUGGUGCAGAUUUUUUUAAAUACAAUCCUGUAAUGUGAAUAAAUCUUUUUUUGAAUAUUCAGACUGUUGUAACCACAGAAUCCUUGUAUGUCCAAAUAACCGUGCACAGUCUGUUUGCACUUGUCACUUUGGGAGUGGUAGGUGAUUAUGAGGGGAAACUGCUGAAAAUAAAACCCUGACAGCUGCUCUUAUUUCCAGAUCAUACUUGCACAUUAACAAAUACAUGAUAUAAGUGGGUGAUCAGUUUGUUACACCUUUAGAUGUAUAAGCUUACUGCAUACAGUAUGACACGGGAAUAUUUCCAGGCCACCAUGGCUUUAGUCAGAUCCAGUUAUCAGGACACUGCAAUCAGUUCCACACUGGAGGCGUUUCAAAGUAUGUAGUUUUUUUAUAGAGUGUUUUGAUGUUAUCGAAACAAAUGUGACGUUGAAUGUAAGGUCUGUGUUGUCCACAUGCAUCAGUGUAGCCGUGCAUAUACGCUCACAGUACAUACAUGUUGCUCAUUAAUCAUGUCUGUGUCAUCUGUGACCAGCAGAGUCUAGCUGCUCUAUGUUUAGCUGAGGAGCACAUUUCCCAUAUAUGUGACCUUUACAAUAACACAUCCUAGAUUUCAUAAAUGUUCUCUUACUUUUUUGUAGCAUUUGUAUGAGAUCAUAGGGCAUUUAUGGUUGACACUUUUAAAGUAGAAAUGUAUUAUACAGCCGUCACUUUUUGUGUAAAUGAUGUGUAGUGUUAAUUUUUAUAUCUGUAAGUUACCAUGUCUGUCUUUUUUUGUGAAAUACUGUGAAGUUACUUGGUGUGACAAUGUGUUUUGAUGAGCCACUAUUGUUUUUCUUUUCAUGCAUCAUUCUCAAACAUAAA